ACCAGUCGUGUUUGUUAUUAGCAUCUGAAUAUGCGGUUUAUUGUGUUGUCCCUGCUGGUGGCGACAGUGUCCUUUGCCCUCUGGGACGCGGUCUCCUCCUGCGCUAGCAUCGAGCAGCGCUACAAGUUUCCCAACAGCAACAUCUACGUGAGACUGAGGCGUGGCGAUAAGCUCCAGUAUGAGCUCAUGAAGGGCGAGACCACUGUGCAAUCGGCGACCUUCGACAACUUCGACAGCACCGCCAACCUGGUGGCCGCCACCGACGGCUCCUACUCGCUCACCGAUGGCUCCACCACCGUCCAGUUCACCCUGGUCCAAAACGGAGUGGUGUCCGGCACGGGCAGCGACAUUACCCACGUCAAGGUCUCCCGCGACCAAGUCUUGAAAGGAACCCAGCCCAGGGACUGCUUCCCCCUCAAGGUUGGCUCCAGGCACUGGUUCAGUGGCCCGGAGCAGAAGCAACACUACUGGCCGGUGGAACGGCAGCGGCACAGCAACUACUCCUACCUGCCCAAAGAGCUGGACAACUUUGGUGUUGGCGAGCGUUACUGGCUGAACAGCGACGGCGUCUUCAUCUACGUGGAGAGUAACACUCCGCUGUUCCUGGACCAGAACACGGCCGAGUAUCCGGAUCAGCUCUGUCUCAGUGCCACCAGCGAGCUGCCCUACGAUCCGCGAGUGACAUCCGCCAAGUUCACCUACCACGUGGCAGUGGCCAAGGAUGCCAGGGCGGCGCACAAGUACGCCGUGAAAACCUUCCUGGGUCAGCCCACUGGCCAUCCGGACGAGCGCAUGGUCAAGUACCCCGUGUGGUCCACGUGGGCGCUCUACAAGGCCGAGGUGGACGACACCGUGGUGCGAGACUUCGCCAAGCAAAUCCUGGAUAAUGGUUUCGAGAACAGUCAACUGGAGAUUGACGACGACUGGGAGGACUGCUAUGGCGCAUUGACCUUCCGGAAAAAUAAGUUCCCCGAUACACAGACCCUCUCCACCGACCUAAAGGCUCUCGGCUUCCGAGUUACCCUGUGGAUUCAUCCUUUCAUCAACAACAACUGCACGGCCAUCUACGAGGAGGCGAAGUCGCUGGGCUACCUCGUGCUGGACCACGAGGGCAGCUCCGACACCCAGUGGUGGAACAGUCAGCCCAAGGACGCCGCCAUCCUGGACUUCACCAAGACCGAGGUUCAGGAGUGGUUCUCCACGCGCCUGAAGCGUCUGCAGGACGAGGAGGGAAUCGAUAGCUUUAAGUUCGACGCCGGCGAGACCAGCUGGCUGCCCAGCGAUCCGGUCCUCCAGGCUAGCAGCUCCAUGGUAACGCCGUUGCAGGCCGUGGGCGACUAUGUGCGUACGGUGGCUAAGUUUGGGGACAUGGUGGAGGUGCGCUCUGCCCAGAACACCCAGGACCUGCCCAUCUUCGUGCGCAUCGUGGACAAGGACUCCGAGUGGGGCUGGAACAACGGACUGAUUACGCUCAUCACCUCGAUGCUGCAGAUGAAUAUCAACGGGUAUCCUUUCGUGCUUCCGGACAUGAUUGGCGGAAACGGUUACUACGAGAAGCCGCCCACCAAGGAGCUCUUCCUGCGCUGGCUCCAGGCCAAUGUCUUUAUGCCCGCCCUGCAGUUCUCCUUUGUGCCGUGGAACUUCGACGAGGAGGCCAUCACCAUCAGCAAAAACUUCACCGCCCUGCACGCCACCUACACGCCGUACAUCAUGAAGCUGUUCCAGCGGGCGGUGGACUCCGGAGAGCCGGUGAACAUGCCGCUUUGGUGGAUCGCCCCCACCGACGAGGUGGCGCAGUCCAUCUACGACGAGUUCCUUCUAGGAGAUGAUAUCAUUGCAGCGCCUGUUGUGGUGGAAGGAGCCACCAAGCGGGACAUCUACCUGCCCGAGGGCGAGUGGAAGGACGGCAACGGGGAUACGGUGUACAGCGGCCCCACCUGGGUCAUGGACUACCCGGCUGCCCUGGACACGCUACCCUACUUUGUGCGCGUGGGCUUUGUACUGGAGUGAGGACCAGUUCCGCAAGUUCUCUUAGCCGUCUGAACAUUUUUAUUUCCUAGAUAUAACACAAACAAAAUCAAUAAAAUUAACUAAAUACAAAAUCGA